AUGAGCAAUCCCAAAGCCAAGCAGACAUGUUUCGGUAUCCAUUCGAUCCCCUGCUACCGAUACCAUCAAACCAUGCACGCGAUCGGGACCAGUCACAACUGCUUCUCGUGCAUCCAGGCAGAUGAGUUGCAUGACAAUAGGCAUCGAAGGAUUGCCGAGCUUCUCGUCGAGUAUAAGAUCUCCACUGGUGCUGACCCGGCAAAGUUGAGGGCUGGUCUGGAAGAAUUGCCCGUCAAUGUUCCCCGUGCUGCUACCGCCGCCGUCACUGCUGGACCGGCGGCUCAAAAUGAUAUGAUCGCCCAACAAGAAGAAGAGAUCAGGGACGAAGACAACGAAGAUGCUCAAACCACGACUAGUGCAAGUAGCGAGACUGUUGUUGCUGCUGUUCCUCACAAAUUGACCAAAGCUGAGGCCCGAGCCAUGAAGAAGGCUGCCAAAGCCGCGAAAUCGCAGUUCAAAGCCAGCAAGAAUCAAAAGAAACACGCCAUAAUUGUCCGGACUGAAGAUGUCGAUUUCGUCAAUAAGAUCUUGCACGGCGAUAUGGCUCAUCAAUCUGCAUCGUCUCACCCGCUGGCAUCAGACAAGACGAUUGAAGAAGUCAUCCAGCGAAACAUGGGCUUCAUAGCGAGUAUUGAGGACCAUAAGAAGCAGCUUCUAUCUACCAUUGCGCAGCGGCGGAGGUCAGAUCGUGAAAGGCGCAAGUCAGCAGCGGCAUAUCAUGGUCAUGGCAAGAGGCGAAGGUUCAUUGAUUCCAGCCACGUGGAGGAGGGUGAGGACGAAUACGAUGAAGCCGACAAGUUGGUCAUGGCGGCGUUGACGAAGCUCGGUGUUGCUGCGAAUAUCGUCGGUACGAAGAAGGUUGCUGGUGGUGUGGCCAGUUCUGGUGUUGGAGGCAGUGGUGUAUCGACUCAAGCGUCGAUCGUGGCCAAUUUGAAAGCGCUGGUCAAAGACGACCUCGAAAGGUUUGAGAAUGAACAGAGAGAGACGUGUGUCCGGGCUGGUGGAUUCUGGAGAUAUGCUGGCCGCACCGUGUUUGACAGGAUGACCAAGAUUGCGGAGGAGUUGGAUUGGAGGACAGGCAUGAAGUUGAAAGGGGAAGAUUGA